AUGAAGUUUGGUAAGACCUUUGCAACUCAUCAGAUCCCAGAGUGGUCCAUUUUUUACAUGAACUACAAACAUUUGAAGAAGAUAAUCAAAGGGAUAGAUCAGUCGCUUAAUAUUGAGGAUGAAAAGGAGAUUCCAAAUUUGAUUGCCUCUGUCUUGUCAACUUUCUUUUAUGAAUUAGAUAGGGAUAUCGAGAAGGUAGAUAACUUUUACAAUAAUAAGUUCAAAGAGUACAAUCGCAGGUUAGACAAGACUAUUCUGAUUUUGGGGUACAAAAAUAAGACUAUACAUCAUCAGAUUGAGUCAAAUGAAGAAUUGGAUGAGAUUAUUAGCAUUCUUCUCGAAUUGAGAACAAUAUAUAGAAAUUUGAAAUGGUAUGGCGAACUCAAUCAUAAAGGGUUCACUAAAAUCCUUAAGAAGCUAGACAAGAAAUUAACAUUGGUUGCUAAUAACACCGAUGAAUUUACCAGAAAUAACAAAGAAAAUUACUUGUCUACAAGAGUUAAUGCGUUGCCCUUUGCGAAUGAAUACGACUUGAUUCAAAACCUCAAGAUUAUUAAUAAUAUCUUGAACAGUUUAAGUGACGAAGAAUUUGGGGAGAAUAUUGACAAAAGUUUUGAUUUUCUCAAAAUAGUUGGGAGAAGAAGACAUUCAUUUGAUCAGGAGUUUUUGGAACAUUAUUAUGAGCUAAUUAUUAGAGAUGAUUCAAAUGCUUUGCUCUCUGAACUCAAAAAGCUCCUGGACGACAAAAUAACCCACAAAUUUCUUCUUUCACUUUUAAACAGAUCUGUUUUAAUUAACUCGAUGAAAUCUAUAAAGGUAUUGAUCGAUUUUCUUAAGCAAUAUGCCAAAGAAAGAAAUGUCGAUCCUUUAUUUGACAAGUCAGAUAUUAGCGGUAGAAAUUUUUUCCAUCAGCAUAUUUCAAGCUUAGGUAAAAGACAAGUUAUCAAAGAGCAGCAAUUGACACCGGGUGAAACUAUUGAUAUAAAUCGAUUUAUCGGAAACAUGAAUGGGCCUGAUGGAGUCGAAUUAACUAUAAAUACUAUCGAUGGCCUCAAUUAUGUUCUCGAUCAUUUGGAAAACAAGGAAUUACUUACUAAAAAGGAUAACUAUGAUAGAACUCCUUUGCAUUACGGAGCUCAAUAUGGAUUGAAGGAUGCCACGAAAUCAUUGUUAUCUCACAUGAUCGCUUUCAGCUUGGUCAAGAGCUCUAUUGAUGACAUAGAAAUUUGGGGUGACCAAGAACGAUUGACUCCGUUACAUCUUUCAAUCAUUGGUAAUCAUCCUAAGACUACUGAAAAUUUAAUUAUUUAUUCUAAAUCGAAGCUAACUUGCCCGAGUUUACUCUUGCUUGCAGUGAGGUCAGAAUCACCGAAGAUUUUAGAACAUUUGAUAAAGGGAGGAAUAGAUGUUGAUUACACAGAUCCGGAGCACAAUAAUGAAACUGCUUUGUAUAUUGCAUCAAAGCUUAAUUACGUAAACUUGGUAGAGUUUUUGAUGAACAAUAACGCAAAUUCUGAAAUUGGCGAAAACGUCUUUGGUUGGACGCCUAUUUUCGUAGCCGCCAGUGAAGGAUUUGAAGACGUGGUUAAAAUCCUAGUUGCUGGUGGCUGCAAUUAUGAGAUUGUGGACGACUCUGGAUGGUUGCCGAUGGAGCAUGCUUGCCUCAGGGGCCAUUUGACAACGGCAGAUCUUUUGAAGCCGCAUGAUGAGAAUUUAUUACUAUAUGAUAUGUAUCACCCAGAAAAUAAUGUUUCAAGGCAAUCGAUAAUAAAUUCUAAUUCAGUUUCAAAUGAGGACAUUACGACUUCAAGUAUCGACAAGCUUCCUGAAACUCGUGUUGCGGUAGCUGAGGUAUAUAAGCAAUUGAAGAAUAAUGGUUCUACUUCAUCUAUUCCUAGAUCUCGAUCUCCAAAAAGACACAAACCUAAACCAAUCAAGUCCUUUGGUCAUAGAUAUUUGACAAAGGGUGAAUCCUUGAUAUUGAUUACUUUGGGGUCGACAGAUGUUAGAGAUAAAAGAGAUCCAGUGUCAUUAAAUAAGAUUUCGUUUUCGAAGAGCUUUUUAACCGAAUUAGAUACUGCAUUAUCACUAUCUAUCACUUGUCGUCAGAAGCUUACGAAUGUACCUGUCGAACCUCCUGUGAUUAUCGACAUGCCUUUAGAAGGACAACAUGGAAGUGCUACUGAUCCCAUUUCCUUCAAGUUAAUUGACGGAAUGACUCCUAGUGAUGUUAUCAUUACAUUUGACAUUGUCCCGACCUAUCAGGUCUCUAUUGAUAGAAAAGAUAAAAUUCUAGGAAGAGCUGUUGCACUAUUGAACAACGCGUAUACUAAAGUUGGUUCCAAUUUAAGAUCUCUAUAUUCAAGUAUUACGUUACCGAUCACUGAAGCGAACAACUUAGAUAUAUUGGGGGCAGUUAAUUUUGAAUAUCUUUACGUGAAAUCAUUCAAUCAUCCUCAGAUGAAGAUCGGAAGAGGAGAUACUUACUGGAAGCAAUUAGUCUCAACUAGAGUUAUUGGUCAUAGAGGACUUGGUCAAAAUUCUAGUGGAAGAAAAUCAUUGCAAUUAGGAGAGAAUACUGUCGAAUCAUUUAUAGCAGCCGCUUCAUUGGGAGCAUCAUACGUCGAAUUCGAUGUCCAGUUGACAAAAGACUUUAUUCCAGUAGUCUACCACGAUUUCACAGUAGCUGAAUCCGGCGUUGAUAUUCCUAUGCAUGCUUUGACUGCAGAACAAUUUUUGAAUUUGAAUGAAUCAAAAGAUUCUCAUAAAGUUAAACAUUCCAUGGAUGAUGAAUGGCUCAGCAAAAUGAAUAGGCCGAGAGCAAUGUCAUCAUAUCCGAAGUUAGAGAAUGGCGGCAAUUCCCCAGAUACAGAUGAUGAAAUAGAGAGAGAAUACAAAGAUCAGUUUAGCACAAGGAUGAAGUUGACAAAAACCUGGAAGGCUAAGGGCUUCAAAGGGAAUGCGAGAGGGCUUUCAGUUGCUUCAAACUUUGUUACCUUAAAGGAACUCUUCAAGAAGAUUCCCAAGAAUGUAGGUUUCAAUAUAGAGUUAAAAUAUCCCAUGCUUGAUGAGGCGGAACAUGAGAGCAUGGGUGAGAUUGCAAUUGAUUUAAAUUUUUAUGUUGAUACAAUCUUAAAAGUUGUUUAUGAUGAGAAUACCACUGGUAGAGAUAUUUUGUUUUCGUCCUUCCAUCCAGAUGUUUGUUUGCUAUUGUCUUUGAAGCAACCCACUAUUCCGAUCUUGUUCUUGACUGACGCAGGUACUGUUAGCAUGGCUGAUAUAAGAGCAACUUCUUUACAAAAUGCGAUAAGGUUUGCAAAAAAAUGGAAUCUUUUGGGUGUAGUUAGUGCAGCGGAAACUUUAGUAAAAGCCCCAAGGUUGACACAAGUUGUGAAGUCAUCCGGUUUAGUUUGCGUUACUUAUGGUGUGAAGAAUAAUGACCCUGAGAUAGCUAAAAGACAGAUGAAAGCUGGAGUUGAUGCUGUAAUAGCAGAUAGUGUUUUAGCAGUAAGAGAUGGGUUGAGAAAAGAUCAAAGUGUCUUAAAAGAAUACUCCUCAGGAUCCGAUUAA